GCUCGCUCUCGCUAUUCUAGUUGUCACUCCAACUCAAACCAUCAACACGUACUCAUACAACCUGAACAUUAGGUAUCCCUCGACUUCCGACUUCCCAUGUGUGCCGUCCGACGUCCGACAAACGAUCCAAAACAGAGCGCAUUGCCGCCACAAUUGUCGAUUAUACCCGACACUUCCACGAUACCCGUAGUGCCGAGCGCUUAUUAUCAAUCGAGAAAAUAGAGAAGCAUCGCCGAGCUCAGAAAAACAAUCGCACGGUCUCAUGCUUGACUCUAGCGAGCAUAAACGGUGCUGAGAUGCGACACCAGCUCUGCGUGUGCAGCGCUAAAUAGGGCUGUCCUCAUACAUGAUCCGAUAGGUACACUUGUUGGAUUUCUUCCUGCUUCUUACCGGCCUGGUUCCGUCUAUUCUUCUCUUUCCCGUCUUAUUCCGUAACGGCUGGCCGAUCGCGCAAAAGUCAACAAGAAGCCCAACAUGGCGACGUCGACCGUCGCCGGUUCCGCCAGCGCGGUAUACCUUCUCUUGUGCCUCACUUGUAUCAUUUCCAUCGUAUCCGCCGACGUAGCUACUACGAGUCCGAUGCAAACACUUCCCGAUUAUUACGAGCUAUACGCUAUGGCCCUUACUCUUACCUCCGCGUCUGGUCCUGUCCAAUUUAACUACAAGGUUGCGCCUUUAACAGCAGAGGCAGGUUUGAACCAAACAAAUGAGAAUGCUCUGGAGACAUUCAAAGUAGAAGGUCGAAUGGUCAUCGUAGACCAAAGCAACUACAACAAACUUGAUGACAGUACCAAAGACGCUAUGGCCUAUAUAUCAUGCGAUGCGACUACCAACGACUCCUAUAUCAGUCCUGACGAUGUCUUGAAUUCGGUUAUGACUAAGCAGCCAAAGGCUAUAUUGCUAUUCAGCACUUCUGAGGGGACAUGUUGCUCUCUUGAUGGAUCCAAUCUUCCAUUCAAAUCUGUCUGGACUAUGACCGAUCAGUCGGACGCCUGGGAGAUCAAGAACCAGACUGUCGAGUCUACUGUAAUUCGUGGGACAAUAACGGGGGCUAACGCCGAUGGAGAUUCUGAUAUCGGUCAGUCGCAAGGCGGUAAUAAUUCGGCGGUUGCAAUGAGCAUUUUGUACAGUAUCACUGGUCUGAUUACUUUGCUAUUUCUCAUUAUCAUUGCCACCGGAGCGAUCCGAGCACAUCGUCAUCCCGAAAGAUACGGGCCAAGGGCCAGCUAUGGCGGAAGACCAAGACAGAGCCGAGCAAAGGGUUUAGCGCGAGCUGUUCUGGAAACGCUCCCUAUUGUAAAAUUUGGGGAUCCCCAACCUGUAAAACCGGAUCCGGAGAACGAGCAUGAGAGUAUUUCAGGAGACCACCAGCUACAUUCAUCAUCUCCAACGCAGCGCGAGUUAACAUCAUAUCACGCAGAGCAAGGCGGGUCAUCCCCAGAUGCAGUAGCAAAAGCUGUUACCAAUUCCACCACUGAAACCCCAGGCGCUGGCGUGUCGGGAGAUAGCGGGGUCAGCUAUGGGCUAACUGAAAACGAGCACCUUGGCUGUUCUAUCUGUACGGAAGAUUUUACGGUUGGACAAGAUGUGAGAGUGCUUCCUUGCGACCAUAAAUUCCAUCCUCAGUGUAUCGAUCCGUGGUUGGUUAAUGUGUCUGGUACCUGUCCUUUAUGUCGACUUGACCUCCGCCCACAUGAGGAAGAGGAUGAAGAAGGCGGCGAAGGCGCUUGGGCACCGGCUUAUCCGGAUAUAAUGAGCCAUGGUCCCGUUGACAGUCACUUAGCUCCUCCGCCUGAGGAUGAGGCAGAUGCAACGCAAAGACGACGAAGGUCACGACUGCUAGACUGGAAUAGGCUGCGCCAUGCUACUGUCGAUGAGCGUAUUCAGGCUCUUAGACAGUAUCGGCAGACACAAGGAGUAACUGCUGGUAAUGGUUCGGCCGAGGACCAAAAUCGACAUGCAAAAUUGUCAGACCGUCUACGGGAGAAGUUUCAUAUUCGUACGAGAGCUCAUCCUCCGAGUGACCUACCAUCCACAAGCCAAUAAGCUGCUUGAGUUCACACUAGCGCUUAUAGGUAUACCCGACCUUUUUGUUGUUGUUUUGUUGUUGGGUUGAUAGAUUAUUGUACAGUUGCAGCUGUAUAAGUGUGACAAAUCAUACAACACGCGGUUUCGAUGUGGUUACGAGGUGAUGAUAUGAGAAGGGGGGAUGUUAUACCUCGGAUAAAACGGCGUUAAAUCUUAUGUUGGAAGUUUGGGUAUCAGGAUACGAGGAUUGCAUUGGUCGGCGUUGGUGGCUAUCGAGUUAUCGGGUAGUUUUACAACUAGAUGAAUCUGGGAUUGUGCAGGCGUUGGACGUGACGGGCGCGAUGGGUCUGAAGCAGAACGGCAACGAGAUAAUGCCGUAAGAGUACAAAUAUAUGAACCUGUUACUCUUGAAACCGGGCUUUGCGUGCAAAUGAUAUUAAAGAGAGAGUAGGGUCUAUCUUACUUGGUAUUGCUAUCUACUUGAUCGGAUGGUCAACAUCUGAACUAAUUGUUGGGGCGGU